AAACCCCAAUACAUUUUGUUUCGACGAACUACAUGGCAACAGCCGUCGCAGCUAGGUCCGUCUUCCGCUCCGCCUCCACCUUCACCACCGUUGGCAGGGCGGCUUCUAGAAUCUCCGCUGGCGCUAAACCCAAUGCGACGUCGGCAGCACGCUCUCCCUUUCGUCUCCCCUCUCAAAACCCCCUUUCUCAUCGCAUUUUCAGGUCACCAGUUGAGAUGAGCUGUGUCUCUAUUGAAUCGAUGCUUCCAUUCCACACAGCUACUGCCUCUGCAUUGCUUACAUCAAUGCUUUCAGCUGCUCCAAGGACCUGUGGUUGGACUCUUGAAGAUAUGAACGACGAUGUAUGAUGACUUUUUGGAAGGCUCUGAACCUACUACAAGAAAAGCAAGGCUGUGAUUGGUUGACUUGUUGACUUGGGGCAUCAAGAAUUAGCAUAUGGUUUUUUCAUUCGGGUAAAUUGUUUGUUGAUUGUAGAUGGAUGAUUUUAUGCAUUUGAUCGCUAGCUCUCAAGAUGUCGCCCAUUGUUAUGGUAGUCACAUCCUCCAUUUUUAUCGUUUGUACUUUUAAAAAAAAACAUGAAAUUUAAUGAUCUUCAUACUCUCAAAUGUCGAUGGUUAUUCAUUCCCUUGAUUAAGAUAAGAUGAUGUUAUGAGUAUAUUAUUAGUUUGGU